AUGGCCAUUGUGUUGUGCUGGGCGUAUACUGGUGAUGUCUUCAUGGAGUUGAACGAGGAACAGUUUGAUGAACUGGUGCAACGUCGUGACGACACAGCAGGGGCAUUGAAGAUGGAAUUGGCAGCUGAUGUCCUUCACACUUCCACCUUCCGCUUACGGCUCUUCCAUCAAGUGCAGGAUUCAAUGGAAAAGCUUGCGACAGAGAAGGCUGCUUGUUUGGCCUGGUUAAUCCUGCGACAACCAUGCCAGACGAAGGAUGAGUUUAUAGAGCUGCCCGAUGAGCAGAGACUAGAACCACCCAUGCGGUUGACUUUGGUGAUCUUGGGCCUUUGUCCUGCGGAUGCACAGGAAGAUGGAGCAUUCCUUGCCGCCUGUAGAGCAGGUGACGCUCGAGAAGUUGCACGGCGAGUCCUAGAACCACGAGAUCCCAAUGUGGCCAAUGAAGAUGAAGGAGCGUUGCACUUGGCAGCGCGCUUUAAUCAUGUGGAGGUUCUGCGCUUGUUGCUGGACGCUCGCGCUUCCUGCGACCAGACCACAUCAAACUGGGGGGAGACAGCUUUGAUCUUAGCCGCUCGACGUGGAUUCGUUGAAAGUGCGCGCUGUUUGCUCAAGUCUGGCGCAACACGUGAUCAUGCCCGGACCGACCGUGGCGCCACAGCGUUGCACUAUGCAGCUGGCGGGGGCCAUUUAGAGUUUGUGAUCCUGUUGGUGGAACAUCAGGCAUCCGUCGAUUUGGAAAUGACGGGCCUCAGCGCUGGCAUGACAGCUGCACACGUCGCAUCUGCUGCAGGACGCGUGGAGGUGCUGCGGUGGUUGCUGCAGAAUGGUGCAACUAAGGCUUUGUCUCCUACCCCAAUGAGUGGCCUCCACAUGGCAGCGGAUUGUUCCCGGCUGGAAGUCGCGCACUUGCUGGUGGAGCAUCUAGUGGGGCAUCGCGCAACCCUUGAUGGGACAAUGGCUUGCGGCGAAACUGCAUUGCAUUUGGCAGCGGCCAGUGGCUCCGUGGACAUAGUGCGCCUGCUACUUGAUUCUGGAGCUUCGCAUGAUGCAAAAACAGUUGCCGGCUUCACGCCAUGGCAUUUUGCAAGUCAUAGGGGCCACAUAGAAGCCGCUCGCGUUUUGCGAGCGUGGUCCCAAAAGAAAGCUGGGUGGACCUUGUGUUGUGCGAAGAGGGCUCGAACUGCGUAA